UUGAAGCUGCGGCACGCGCGCCUGUCAUCUGUCAACAAGGGUUUUUCCGAGCAGCGUUUUUAUUGUUGUUUUAUUGAGUUUUUCCCGUUCCACAACUUCAUUUUCUUGAGGAUUUUAAUGAGAGCAGGAGCGACUACAAAAGAGAAUUGAUGGCGAGGAAGAGCUUCACCAAGAAGACCCUGAGAGGUUUGUUCUCCAAAAGUGAACCCAAGUUGGACGAAGCUGUGGACGAAAACAAGAAUGCUGAAGAAAAGAAGAAGUUUAAGUUCUCCAAAGUCAAGUUGAAGUCCAAGAACUCGUCGGCUUCUAACAGAGUGGAUAAGGAGACGCAGCGGGUGGUCAGUGCUGCUAAGCAGAAUUUGGUCUCUGAGGAUGAAGCAGCCUCGCUUGCUGUCAGCACUCCAGAGAACAACAGGUUUUCUCUCUAUGGCACUGCUCCCAGGUCAAAGAGCGCCAAAUUCAGCUCCUCGGAGCAGGAUCUCCGUAAGCCAAAACGGUUCGCUACCUUUAGCUUUGGCUUCAAAAAGAAGAGGAAAGAAGAUGAGAAUAUCUCAAAGAGCAUGCAUUUACUUUAUGACCAAGAAAAUGAGGAUCCAGAGAAGAAUCACCUGGAUCCCAGUGAGAUGGGUCAGCCCGACUCAAAGGCGCCACUCAGCAUGUCUCAUCCAGAGCUCAACACCAUUGAUUCCUUUGAUGUCCCUUCUCCUCCCCCUGUAGCCACAAACCAAUCACAGUCAUUACCUGAAUCGAACUCAGCUGCUACAAAUCAAGAAGCAGUCAAUCUAAACACAGUCCCAGAAUCCCAGCAGCCUGUGAUUGACAGCUCUGAUCUUCCAGAUGGGUUUGAAAUGGGAAAGACAGCUACCAACGAGGGGCAGCAGUUGGAAGAACCAGAUUCAGCAAAUCAGAAAGAGAAGCUUCCUCCUGAUGGUGACUUGUUUAGUUCAUCUGUACCCACAACUCAUGUGGAGACCAGUUCUGCUGUGGAUGCUGAUCCUGUUGCGAGCAUAACCACUAGCAAGACUUUAGAAGUCCAUAGUAGUUCAGACCUCAAACAUGAAAAUGGUGUCCGUUUGUCGGACACAAACGUAAACUCUGCCAGUGUGACUGUACCACCUCAUCCACUUGAUAAUAUCGCUGAUAAUACAGAUUUCCCACUGCAAGCUAACUCCGGCGAUUUUGCAACAUUGCAUCAUGAAGAAUCAAGCAAGUCUGUUCCUAAAGCUUCCAACAACGAAACUACGCCAAUUCCCACGGCUGUUAAGGGUAGAAACUUUGCUCCUUUACCAAAUCAAGCCGUUGUUUAUGGGGCUUUGUAUGAUUCACUGUUUCCUGAGGGGUUUACCUCAGAGAUCAACAGUUCAACCCCAACGUCAGUCCAUACUGAGAUAACACGUCUUGACACAAAAUCUGAACCAGAUGCAGUUAAAACAAUGAAUGAAUGCCACACAGAAUCUGAAGUCAUUUACUCCAGUCUGUCCACCUCAUUGCACUCUGCGAGUGACCGGAGGGAGACUGAUGGUGGUCUUACCAACAUGAACGCUGCAUUGAAGAACACAAAGGUGUUCUCUUCCAGUGAAGGUUCCAGCUCAGGAAAAGUGAUUGAUUCAGAUGUCUGUAAUGUGCUCUAUCAGUCUCUCUUCCCUGAGAACUUCAUUUCUCAACAAAGUCAUACUACUGAGCAGUUUCGCUAUACAGAAACAGACAUUGAUAGUCCAUAUCUACCUUUGGAACCUGUAGGUCAAGAAUCCAGGAUCGUUUCUUAUUCAGACGUGAGCCUUUCUCAUUCAAACCUGAAAUCGGACCGCGUGUUAGUCAUUCAAAAUACUGUUACAUCAGUUUCUGAAGUUCAACACUCUGACCCUCCUGUUUUUGACUAUGCAACACCCCAAGGGAAGGAUACUCGGGUUAUUGACUGCAAACCCAGAGUGAUUGUCGUGAGAGAAUUAGUCACUGAAGAGAUGAGCUCUGGUCCUGGCUCCGCUGUGCCUGGAACAAUGACUGCGGUAAAGGGUGUUGUGAUAAAAACCCAAAUGACGGAGACGGAGAAAUUUCAUGUCCCCAUUGGACAAAUUGAUGAUCGGUUUGAGGAAUCCUGCAGUCCAUCAUAUUUGAGUGUAGGAUCGGAUGAAGCCAGUACCACUGAGAUCUACUACAGCGCUGAAGAGGACAAUGUGGAGGAAAGCGUGAAUAAAGGGGUGCGAGCAACAGGUGAGAGGAAAGAAUCAUUUUUGGUAGAAGGAAUGAAAGAGUUGGAGCAGGAAGAAGUAAUGAAGAGUCCAAGGGAUGGUAAGGAUUUAUGCUUAAUUAUUAAAACUGAGGUGGUAAAUGAAGGAGGGAAGAUGAGCUGUGAAGAAAAGCUAAAGGAUCUCCAAAAUCUAGGAAAUCAGAGGUUGGCUCAAGAGAAGGAAAAUGAAAAAUCAGAGUUUCCUAUAGGAUACAGUGGAAGGAGUCAAAGGAAAGAUGAGUCAACGAAAGCAUGGGUGCAGAGAGAGGAGGAGCAAAAGGAGGAGUUUCCAGCAACACCGGUUCAGCAGGUGAAAAUGCAGAUGGAAUGUGACCUGGAUCCACCCUCUUGUAAACCGCAAGAGGAGGGAUCACAGGGAGCCAGGGCCUCAAACCUCGGAAGACGAGACCAUCCUAAUGGGCAAAAACAACUCUCAAACCAUGGGAUAAAAUACCAGGUAUACAAUAGCACCCAGAGUCCUGAGUAUCGAUCAGCACCUUCAGCUAAGGUGGGACGCACAAUCACACCCAAAGUGACACAAGCAGAAGAGCAAGUUUUCCCGACUACCGGAGUGAACAAGAGGGACAAGAGCAAAGGAACCAGAGGCAACUACACACAAAGCGCAGUCGAAGAUACUGGCAGACUGGAUGUUGUCUCAGGUACUCUGACAUGUAGCGCUGAUCUGCAAUCAGAUGCCAGAGAGACUGAAAACAAUAGGGCUGCACAGAGCACUGAGUGGGUGGAUACAGUUACACGAAACGGAACUGUGCCAAAACAGACGGCAAUCCUGCAGUCAGAACCGGGUGCUAGCACACACACUGAGGAACACGGGCAUCUGACAGUCAUCCAACCUGACCUGACUCAGGGGUCUCUGGCCUCUUCAAGGACCCACAAAGCAUCUUCUGAUAUUUUUGCAUCAGACACUCUGCAGACUAAAGCUGAGGUGGGAUCAGGUGAUAAAAUGAAUAAAAGUUACAGCAGCCUGAGCACCACCCUGUCUAUAAGGAACUCCCUUCCCCUGAAAGAGAACGGGGAUGAUGCCACACUUCGUUUCCGUAAGGUAUCGCUUAUCAAAGAAGGCGACACCGGUGAGCUCAGCCAGGAUAAAACUGACAUCCGUGAGGUGACUGAUUCAGAAGGAACAGAUUCUGACUUCAAGUGGAGAAACCGUUUCGACAGAGUUUCCCAGUAUAACCCCCGUAAAGCAGAGCUUUCUGACUCUCUUAAUGGCAAGUCUGACAACUACUCAAGCGCCUUCUCCGUGUACUCUUCCACUUUCCCUGAGGUGACUGUGCAAAAACAAACGCCGAGUAGCUCCGCCUUUUCUGGCUCCCUGUCUCCCAACAGCCACAUCACCCUUAGCAACACAUUGAGUGUAAGUAAUUGUGUUUACUUUAGCAGUGAGAGCGAGCCAGCUGGAGCAACAGAGCAUAGAGAUGAGUGGAGGAGGAGCUCCAUGGAGCAGGAGGAGCUUGUUGCACCUGCAGGUGUGCGAGAGGGAGGGGCAGAAUCAGCCCGGAUAAAGUCAUCACAGCAGCUCUUCAACUCUGAUUUCUGUUACACACAUAACACCAGCCUCGACAGCACUGACGGCUUAACAGGAGACGAUUCAUCCGAGUUUACUGGUGUAUUCAAGGCCACACGUGUGGAGCUAGUCUCUGACCCUCAGGUUGCCUUCGACUCUCCUCCUGCAUCCCCUGACGAGGACUGUCCUUACCAGCUUGACAUGGAGACCCUGGUGGAUACCCUGAAGAACAUGAGGUCUUCUCUCAGACCAAGGAGCAUCCGUAUGCAUCAGCACAACCUUAUCUCCUCCCUGUCACCCAUAGAUGAGAUUGACCCAAGUUCACCAAAGUCGGCAGCACCUGGGGCCCCGAAGGAUACCCCAGAUGGACUUUACACUCUGCCUGCUGACUUGGGGCUGAAGAGGAGCUUCCUCAAAAAAACAUGUUCUCCAUCGGAGAUGAUGAAGCAGACCUCCAAGGACUUCUCACCCACACUGCUUGAUGGACAAGGAGCUCCCCAGCCUUCGAGUACAGGGUCCCGACUGGACAACAGUGUCCUGUUUCGAAGCCUCAGGUCAUCAUCAAUGGACCAACCCACAGAAAAUGAAAACGCAAACCAGCCAACUCAUCGCACAGUCUUCCGCACCAACUCGCUACCAGAUAUUGGGCAUUCAAGUGAACGUUUGAGCACGGGUCCAAAGGACAUUAGAGGAGUCAUUAGUGGAACAGACUCCCCAGGCUCUCGCUUGGAGCACUUGUCAGUUUUAUUGAACUCCUCAUCCUCGAGCUCGGGCUUCCUUAGCGGAAUUGAGGACUACAACUCUCGCAUGAGUCAGCCUCCAUCACAAAGCUUGAACUCACCACCAUCAAGCAAUGGUCCAACUCUCUUCCUUAAUCCUACCAGCUCCAUAGACGUCCACAGACCUUUACCAGUCCCAACCUCACUCACCACCAAAGAUCCCCCCUUAUCUAUGGGGUUGGGGAUGGCUGGAGGUACUGGAACUGUUAGCACUCCGAUUCUGCAGAGACGCUUAAGUGACGAGGGCACCUUUGGAAUCCACCAGACGCCAAUGUUCAGCAGUGUGAAUGCAGGAUCUCAAUUCCAGAGCCAAGAAUCUGAGUCUGAGAGAAACUUCUUGUCCAAGUACCGAGCCUUCCCUGAUGCUUAUCUCACAAAAGAGAAGGAACAUGGAAAGCUCAACCCUCGUCCUGGAAAAAUAUACAUCUUUGACAGGAAAGGACUGGUCGGACAGAGGAUUGAGAUACGCAAUGAUGUCCUCGACGCCACGUCCUGGGAGCUACAGGAAACCAUCUCCAUCAGGGUGGUCAGAGGAGGGUGGGUUCUCUAUGAGAAACCCAACUUCAAAGGGGAGAAGAUUGCCCUAGAUGAAGGAGAAAUCGAGCUCACCUAUCCCUUCAUUUCUCCUGAUGAGCAACUGCAGAACGGAGAACAGAAAGUCACUCCAAAUGGAGAAACAAAUGAUGGGCAAACUGAGAACAAACCGGCCCGCAAGUUCAUCAUUGGAUCUGUCCGACGAGCUGUCAGGGAUUACAGCGUCCCAGAAAUCAGUCUGUUCCCAGAGGAGAACGCUGAGGGGAAGAAGGUCAUCUUUAGGGAUACGUCUGAGGAUGCCCGGAUCUUUGGAUUCCCCAUCAAGGCUAAUUCCAUCAUCAUUAAUGCUGGGCUGUGGCUUGUGUAUGCUCUACCUUUUUUCCAGGGUGCUCCACGUGUCCUGGAAGUGGGGGGAUACCCCAAUCCGGCAGCCUGGGGAGUGGACCAGCCUUAUGUGGCAUCACUGCAUCCACUGAAAGUGGGUGAGCCAAGAGUGGAGAAUACAGGUGAACCACAGAUGAUUGUCUACGAAAAGCCAUACUUCACUGGGAAGUCGAGGACUAUAACCACAAAUACGAGAGACUUCAUGACCAGAAUGGACAAACAGCAGAAAGCUUUCAUGUACAAUGUUGGUUCCCUUAAAGUUGAGGGAGGAAUUUGGGUUGGUUACGAGAAAGAAGGCUUCCGAGGACACCAGUACCUCCUGGAGGAGGGAGAAUACCAAGACUGGAGGGUGUGGGGAGGCUGUGAUGCUGAGCUGCGUUCUGUUAGGCUGAUUCAAGCGGAUCUGUCCGACUCCAUCAUGGUGAUGUUCGAACAGCCAGAGGAGGGGCAGGAGGACAUGGAGGAGAACACCUUUGAGGUGACAGAAGCCAUACCUGAUGUUGAGCUGUUUGAGUAUAAAACCCUCACACGUUCCAUCCAUGUACUCAGUGGAGCAUGGAUUGCAUACUCCCAUGUCGACUUCUCUGGGAGCCAGUACAUCUUGGAGAAGGGUUUCUACAACAACUGUGCCGACUGGGGUGCUCAAGACAAUCGCAUCUGCUCAGUGCAGCCCAUCCUCCUGGCUUCAAAUUCCAACUCAAACUUCAGGACUGAAAUAUUCCUUUACUCUGAGCCUAAUUGCCAGGGACAGUGUCAAAACUUUGGUCUCAACCAGGAAUUGCUCUCGGAAAAAGUGCAGAUUAAGUCCUGCCGAGUGUCAGGUGGGAGCUGGGUGCUCUAUGAGAAUAAGCAGUACUCCGGGAACAUGUAUGUGUUAUCAGAAGGAGAAUACCCCAAUUUAACCAGCAUGGGCUGCCCCUCUGACUGCAAAAUAUCUUCGGUUAAGGUGGUGCCACUGACGUUCUCAGUUCCAUCCAUCUCUCUCUUUGGUCUGGAGUGUCUGGAGGGCCGAGAGAUCACCACAGACACAGAGGUCAUGAACAUGUUUGAAGAAGGCUUCAAUAACCACAUCCUGUCCAUCCGCGUCAGCAGCGGCUGUUGGGUGAUAUUUGAACACAGUAACUACAGGGGGCGCCAGUUCUUCCUGGAAACAAUUGAGAUCACCAACUGGCCCAAGUUCAGCUCUCUGCAGACAGUUGGCUCUCUGUACCCAGUCAGACAGAAGCGCUGCUUUUUCCGUGUCAAGAACAAAGAAAGCGGACACUACAUGUCCAUCCAGGGCGGCGUGGAAGAGAUGAAAUCAGGGCGCGUGGUGGUGGGGCCAGAGGUGGAGCCAAUGAGCGACAUCUGGUUCUACCAGGAUGGGUUCAUCAAGAAUAGGUUGUCUGCAACCAUGAGCCUUCAGGUGAUGGGCAAAAUUGAGCCGGCAGCCAAAGUGGUUUUAUGGUCAGAGAGCCGCCAGCCGAUCCAGACUUGGACAGCCAAAAUGGACGGUCCCGUUGUUAACCUGACUUUCCCUGGUUUCGUGCUUGAUGUUAAAGGUGGCAAAACGUACGACAAGGACCAUGUGGUGAUCACGCAGGAGAGCGAGGACAGGCCGAGCCAACAGUGGAUGAUUGAGUUACUGUGACCUGAAAGGACGAUAAAAUAAAAAACUGGUGUGCUUUGACUUUGUAUACUGACAGGAAACUAAGCAUAUAAAUAUGUGUAUAUUAAUAAGGAUCUGUUUUUGUACUUUGGGAGUUGGCGCCAUUUGACCAGCGUGGACGGACCUAUUGAGUCAUCCUAGUCUCCAAUAAUUGAGGCUGUAGUCGGUCACAGACACGCCUCCGGUCAUUCAAAUCACUUCCAUCAAUUUGAGUACUGAAAACCAAAUCUCCCGAUUUGUAUGGUUCCAGGCUCAGGCAAAUGAUUUGGCUGGAGAAUCACAUGCGGUUGACGUCGGAAUAACUUUGUUUACACUGGAGCAAACGGAGGUGUAAUUGCUUCUGGGCGGCCUAUCAUGUUUGUUUUUUGACAUGAAGACAGUGUGGUGGUUAACGCUAAAGACAGGCUGUGAAUGAAUGAAGCCAAAAUAAUGUGCAUUAUACAGUCAAUGUGUUGUGCUUUUUAAAGGUAUUUAUACAUUCGUAUCAGUGUUUUAUGGGAAGUGCUGCAUCAUGUUUGCCGAAUAUCUUUGAACUGUGCAAUCAACUGUUUAUUCUUUGGAGGUAUUUCUACUGCUGGUAUUUUCACUGUAUGACAUGUCAUUACAUGAGAAUUGUUAAUAUUUGAUACUGAAGCAGAUGUGAUGUAAGAGGGAGUGGGUUUAAAAUGCUGAAUAAAAAUAAACGUAAAGAAAAUAA